AUGCCUCAAAAAGAGAUCUGCCCGAAAGGGUACCAACAGGUUGCCUCGAGCGCGCAGCAGGACGCCGCAGUGCAUCUCCGCAGCUCCUCCGGCAAGACUGCCUUUGACUUCUCGUUCGAAGCGGUUCGCCAGAAUCUCUUCCGAGUGACUUUCUCCUCUGCGGAGCGCCCAAUUCCGCCCUACCCCAAUGUCACCAAGCCCGAGACCGAUCUCAAGGGCCUCAAUGUCUUCGCGAAGGAGGAAGGCGCCUCCAAGACGAUUGAUGUCGGUGGUGUCACCGCGAAGGUGGAGUGGGAGCAGACACCAGUCGUUUCCCUCUCGUGGACAGGCUCCGACAAGCCUCUGCACCGUGAUCUGCCUCUACGAUCAUACGUCGCCGACGGUCCGGGUGUGGCCUGUUACUCGGUGCACGACCGCAACGCUCUCCACGUGGGCCUGGGUGAAAAGGCCGCGCCGAUGGAUCUCACAGGUCGCAACUUCCAGCUCACGGCCACCGACUGCUUCGGCUACGACGUCUAUAAGACCGACCCUCUCUACAAGCACAUCCCUCUCCUGAUCAAGGCGACACCAGAAGGUUGCGUUGCCUUGUUCUCUACAUCCCACGGCCGAGGCUCGUGGUCAGUUGGUGCCGAGAUUGAUGGACUUUGGGGCCAUUUCAAGAUCUACCGUCAGGAUUAUGGCGGCCUAGAGCAGUACAUGAUUGUUGGAAAGACCAUCAAGGAUGUUGUCCGCUCAUAUGCCGAAUUGGUCGGCUUCCCGCUGCUGGUUCCCCGUUGGGCAUACGGAUACAUCUCCGGUGGUUACAAGUACACUAUGCUGGAUGACGCACACAAGGCCUUGGUUGAGUUCGCCGAGAAGCUGCAAGAACACGGAAUCCCUUGCUCUGCUCACCAGAUGUCGUCUGGUUAUUCUAUUGCCGCCGUAGAACCUAAGGUUCGCAAUGUCUUCACCUGGAACAACGAGCGCUUCCCGAAUCCCGAGGAAUGGAUUUCUAAGAUGCACGAGCACGGUAUCCGCCUCAUCACCAACAUCAAGCCCUUCCUGCUGGCUUCUCAUCCCGACUUCCAGCGCCUCAUUGAUGGCCGUGGGUUCUUCACGGAUCCUGAGACGGAUAAGCCUGGCUACAUGCGCCUGUGGAGUGCCGGUGGAGCCACCGGUGGUGACGGCUGCCACAUCGACUUUACUUCCGAGGUUGCUUUCAAGUGGUGGUAUGAGGGUGUCAAGAGUCUGAAGAAGGUCGGCAUCGACGGCAUGUGGAAUGACAACAACGAGUACACGCUGCCCAGCGAUGACUGGACUCUUGCCCUUGACGAUGCGAUGGUCAACAAGAAUGCGAAGGAGAUCACUGAGAACAACGUCGGUCAAUGGGGUCGUGCCCUUCACACCGAGCUCAUGGGCAAGUCUUCCCACGACGCUCUGCUGGAUAUGGAGUCCAAUGUGCGACCUUUUGUCCUGACCCGCAGUGCUACUCCUGGUACUAUGCGCUACUGCGCCAGCACAUGGAGUGGUGAUAAUGUGACUAGCUGGGAGAACAUGAAGGGUGCCAACGCCCUGUCUCUCAAUGCAGGCAUCUCCCUAUUACAGUGCGAAGGACACGACAUUGGCGGUUUUGAAGGCCCCCAACCCUCCCCCGAGCUCCUCCUCCGUUGGAUCCAGCUAGGUUGCAUGUCCACCCGGUUCGCGAUCAACUGCUUCAAGACCUCCCCCGACAACAACGCCGUCGGUGAAGUCAUCGAGCCCUUCAUGUACCCCGAGAUCACACCAUUCGUCCGCGACGCCAUCAAACGCCGCUACGAGAUCCUGCCCUACAUCUACUCACUCGGACUGGAAAGCCACAAGGACGCAUCCCCCGUACAGCGCUGGAUCGGCUGGGGCUACGAGUCCGAUCCAGAGGUGUGGAACAACAAGACCCUCAAGGAGGGCGAGGAGCAGUUCUGGCUCGGCGAUACCAUCCUCGUCGGCGGCGUGUACCGUGCCGGCGUCACCAGCGCAAAAGUCUACCUCCCCCGCAAGACGGGCGAUGCUUUCGACUACGGCUUCGUCAACAUGAACGCCCCUUACAACUACCUCGCCUCCGGGCAGUGGGUGGAGAUUGAGUCCCAAUGGCGCGAGAGCAUUCCUCUUCUCGCCAAGAUUGGCGGUGCCAUUCCCGUCGGCAAGGACGUGCAUACUCGUGUCCUCGAUGACAAGACGGCAGCCUCGCAAGGUGUCAAGGAGAUCGAUGACUACCGUGGUGUGGAGAUCUUCCCGCCGCAGGGUAGCUCCCAUGGUGCCGUGUACAGCAACACAUGGUACGAGGACGAUGGUAUCUCACAACAACCCAGGACUGCGGUGUACACGCUCAGCUAUAGCUCGACCGAGGAGAAGGUUCUGGUGCACUUUGAACGUGACGAGUCAGCUGGCUUUGUGCCUGCGUGGAAGGAGCUGGAUAUUAUCCUGCACAACGGGGAUACUCGCCGUGUUGUGACUAGCUCUGGCCAGGACAUUGUUGUCAAGGGCACUGACUCUCGGGGUCGGGCUGUGUACACUGUUAAGGCUUGA